AUGAAUAAACUUAGAUAUACUCCUGAAAGAAUCGAACAAAUGUCCCAUUCUGAUAAAGUUGAAGCCGCCAGGAAAAUGUAUUCACAUAAAGUAUAUUAUAUUUUAUAUAUAUUUUAUAAGAUUGUUGAAAUUAUAUAA